AUGGCACGAAUAUCGCUCUUCAGGUUCCCAACCAAGUUUCGCAGGCGGGCGCGCCGCAACCGAAUGGCAACCAUGCUUUUUCUCCUCACACUCGCCCUCAUGCUGGUCCUCCCCGUCUACAUCAUCUACAAACCACCAGCUUUCGUUAUAAAUCACUUUGCGCAGAAAUGGCCCGAUGUCCUGUGGCAAGUUUCAACGAAGGAGAAGAUCAUCGGUCUAACCAUCGAUGACGCGCCGUCGCAGCAUACCGCCGAAAUUGUCAAGAUUCUGAAGGAGAACGACGCCCACGCGACAUUCUUCCUUAUCGGGUCACAGAUGGACGGUCACGAGGAAGAUAUGGGAGAGAUAAUCAGGGCCGGCAGCGAGCUCGGCAAUCAUGCCAUGCACGACGAGGCCUCGCGAUCCCUCCCCGACGGACAGCUGGAGGCGGAGAUACUGGAGGUGAGGAGGAAGAUCAGCAACAUUUACGAUUAUGAAGAUGUGCCCAUGCCCGCUAACUACUUCCGGCCGGGAUCUGGUUUCUUCAGCAACAGGAUGCGGAGGCUGGUCGAUAAGCUAGGAUAUAGGAUGGUUUUGGGGAGUGUAUAUCCACAUGACGCUCAAGUUAGCAAUUGGCAACUCAAUACCAACCACAUCUUGAGCAUGGCGCGACCGGGUGCCAUUAUCAUCUGCCACGACAGAAGAAGUUGGACCAUACCUAUGUUGCGGCAGGUUCUUCCAGAGCUAAGGCGACGAGGCUACCGGAUCAUGAAUUUGACGGAGCUGUUGAAGGAGGUUGACACAGACAGAUGA